AUGGCCAAGAAAGCACCCGAAUCAAAGGCAUCAAAAGAGUCGAAGAUAGCAAAAACAUCGUCCAAAGAAAAGAAGAAAUGGACGACCGGCAAGACAAAAGAAGAAACAAGCAGACACACGUGUGUAGACCCUGAGCUGUUCAACAAGAUUGUCAAAGACGUAGCAAAUAUGAAAGUGAUAACACGGUCGACACUCGCCGAGAAGUACAAUAUCAAUCUUUACAGCAGCAUACGUAUUUUGAGGUAUUUAUGUGAGAAUGAGGUUGUAGGGUGUGUGAGCAAGGGAAGAAGGCUCAACAUUUAUUGUGGGUCCAAGUUUGUUAGGAAGGAGGUUGUGGAGGAUGUUACGAAGAAAGAGGAUGAGUUGGAGACAUGGGCAUAA